CUCAAAUCCUUCACAAAUACAUGCCAUUAUUCUCAUUUUUUCAUCAUCCCCUUUCACCUUUUCAAACCAAAACUAGUCAAAUUUAUAGAAAUAUAAAAUAAAUUAACAAUUUCUUCGUAUUUUCAUUGGUCAAAAAUCCCAAAUGAGUGGUUACUAGUUAAUACAGUAUUUAGAACGGCACAUAAUGGCAUAUCUGUAAUAAACAUCCAAGUCAGUGUCAUUUAAUCUAACUUUAUUACGUAUUUUGCCAACUAGCUCUUUUCCCUUCAUUUAAAAAAACUCAACAGCAGAGAUGACUUAUUAAAAACGAAGACAUCGAACAGCUAAAGCAGCUAACAGCAGAAACGAGGAAAGAAAAUCAAAGCCGAAGAAAGGAAACCAAGAAAUCAGAGCUAAGAGUGGAGAGCUUUUGAGUUUCCUAUGGCAAUAAUCAAUUGUAACCUUGUUGUGAUCUGUGCCAUGAUUAUGGCCAUGGGGCUAAUGACCAUUGACGCAAGUGGGGACCACCAUCAGCCAAUCCUGGGUUGGAUACCCACCAACGGAUCGCCAUGCAAGGGUUCCAUAGCUGAAUGCUUGGCCGGGGAAGAGUUUGAGCUGGACUCAGAGAUCAGCCGGCGUAUUUUAGCAACCACCAAGUACAUCAGCUACGGUGCGCUGCAGAGGAAUACAGUUCCUUGUUCCCGACGUGGCGCUUCCUAUUAUAAUUGCCAGCCUGGAGCUCAGGCCAACCCUUACAACCGUGGCUGCAGCCGUAUUACAAGGCUUUAGUUAAUGGUGGAAAAUCAAAAUCCUGCUACAAUUGGCCCCAGAGAAAAAGUGGAAACUUCUGAGUUGUCAAUUGUCAAUUGUCAGUUGUCAUGGUUUGAAAAAGGACGAUAGGGACAUGAAAGUUUCUGAGAGGACAUAAAGCUGGAAGGGAUUUGUUGAAAAUGAUAUUCUGUUGGGAGAUUUUGAGGGAUCUCUUUUGAGUUUAGCCAGAUUUUAAUUUACAAGAAAAUGGGAAUUAAGUAUGGGUAUGGGAGGUUACAUCCUGAUAAUUAGAUCUAAGUAAGAUU